ACUGCUGAUUAUUGUAUUAAGAUUAUUUAUUUUGUUGGACUAUUGAAAUGACAGUAAUACUAGGAGGUGGCAUAUCAGGACUGUCAGCAGCAUAUUAUGCUGUUAAGGAUGCAAGACUUUCGUCUAUCAUUUUACUGGAGGCUUCUAGUCGCUUGGGUGGGUGGAUACGUAGCAGAAGCUCACCAAGUGGAGCGAUUUUCGAACAAGGGCCAAGAACUAUAAGAGCAUUUGGUUUACCUGGAAAAAACACCCUUAAUUUGGUAGAGGAUCUACAAUUAAAUGAUAAAUUAAUUCAUGCCGAUCUGAAUCAUUCUGUGGCAAAGAAUCGAUUGAUUUACAUGGAUAAGGCAUUGCAUGUUCUACCAAAUACCUUAAAAGGUAUCUUCAAGACAGUCUCGUUGCUAGAUCGUCCCUUGAUAAAUCGCAUAUGGACGGAUUUGAGGGCUCCUAAAGUAUCUAAGGAGGAUGAAAGCAUUCACAGCUUCGUUCAGAGGAGAUUGGGUCAGGAUAUUGCAGAUAAUUGCAUCAGCCCUAUGAUCUGUGGGAUCUGUGCGGGAGACGCACGUGAGAUAAGCGUCAAUUUUCUACUCAAAUCACUGUUUGAGGCGGAACAGAAACAUGGCUCUAUAGUGAAAGGCUUGGUAGUAAAACAAUUGAAAAAGUUUUUUUCAAAAUCGAAAGAUAAGGAUAAUACAGCGAAGAAUAACGCGGACAUAAAGCUUGCAGUAAGAUCAUCGACCUUGGCGAAGAGAGCGCAAAACGAACAUUGGAUGGCAUGGGGCUUACAAGGAGGACUUGAGCAAUUACCUUUGACUCUAGCUGAUUAUGUAAAGAGUCGAGGAGUGAUGGUACAGACCGAGAAAAAGUGUGAAAAACUUACAUUUAAAUCAGAUCGCAUAGAACUGUCAGUUAAUGGCGAUCUUCAGGAAUGUUCGCGCGUUAUUUCAAGCUUAUGUGCAAAGGACUUGGCUGAGCUGUUGCAAGAACAACAUCCUAGACUGUCGGCGGAAUUGAAAGCAAUACCUACCGUGACGGUCGGAGUAGUUAAUCUUGAAUUCCAGGGAGAUGUAUUACCUUUGCAAGCAUUCGGCUUCCUCGUUCCACCAAAAGAAAAUCUACCUCUGCUAGGUGUAAUCUUUGACUCUUGCGUAUUCCCUGGAUCUUCCACAGUAUUGACGGUGAUGAUGGGAGGUGCGUGGUUCGAGAAAUAUUUUGGGCCAAAUCCAUCGAAAGAACAAUUGUUAACGACGGCGAUUAGUCACACCAAGAAUAUCUUACAAAUCGAAGAGGAACCAAUCGCAUACAACGUUGCCGUUCUCAAGGAUUGUAUUCCGCAGCACGUCGUGGGUCAUAAUGCCCGUGUAAAACGCAUCCACGAUUAUAUUUCCGCGCACCAUAUUCCUCUGGCAUUGUGCGGUUCUUCUUAUCAAGGUGUGGGACUCAAUGAUGUUAUUCUGUCAGCAAAACAGGCCGUUCGUGAUGUUGUAAAAUAACUGCAGAAUCGCUUGAUUCGAAAAUGGUAGCUAAUAACGGCACACAUAAAAAAUAAAUAAAGAAAAUCUACAUGCAAACACUGUACAUGCUGAAUCAUACCAA